AGACACUCAAGUUGCUCUUGUGAGCACUUCUCUCUGUUGAGGUGACUGGCUUUUGUCCCUGCAUCCCCCAGCUAUAACGGGAAGAGAGGACAGGCCCCACAGCAGUCAGCAGCAGCCCCACAGGCCGCUGGUCUACAUGGGGAACACCAUCAGGACCCUCGCGGCCUUCAUCCCUGCCGACCGCUGCCAGAACUACAUGGUCAAAGAGUUCAGGGAGAUGCCAAUGGACAAGAUGGUGGACCUGAGCGGGAGCCAGCUGCGCCGGUUCCCUGUGCUUGUGUGCUCCUUCCAUGAGCUGGUCAAGCUCUACCUGAGCGACAACCACCUCAACAACCUGCCUCCGGAGCUGGAGCAGCUGCAGAACCUGCAGAUUCUGGCCCUGGAUUUCAACAACUUCAAGGUUCUGCCCCAGGUGGUGUGCACCCUGAAGAAGCUCUGCACCCUCUACCUGGGAAACAACAGACUCUCCCACCUCCCCUGGGAGCUGAGCCUGCUCCACAACCUCCGGACCCUCUGGCUGGAGGCCAACUGCCUCACCCAGCUGCCAGAUGUGGUCUGUGAGCUGAGCCUCCUGAAGACUCUGCAUGCCGGCUCCAAUGCCCUGCGUGUGCUGCCAGCCCAGCUGCAGUGCCUCCAGGAACUGAGGACCAUCUGGCUCUCAGGCAACCUGCUGACAGACUUCCCCGCUGUGCUCCUUCACAUGCCCUUCCUGGAGGUCAUUGACGUGGACCGGAACAGCAUCUGCUAUUUCCCCAGCCUAACCCACUUGUCAAGUCUGAAGCUGGUCAUCUAUGACCACAAUCCCUGCAGGAAUGCACCCAAGGUGGUCAAAGGCGUGCGCCGUGUGGGAAGAUGGGCAGAGGAGACGCCAGAGCCUGAUCCCAGAAAAGCCAGGCGCUAUGCACUGGUCAAGGAAGAAAGCCAGGAGACGCUGGUACCUGCCUUGCCUCUUCCACUUCCUUCUCCCAACUCCUGAGGAGCUUCUGUUGUCAGUUAAUGCCAAGGACCCAACUCCAGAGUCUUCCGUAGACCUCUCUACUGAAGUGCAAAGCAUUGCUCUGGGACAUUUGGGGUGCCUCUGUCAGCAAGGGAUGAGUCAGAUGAAAUGCUUAAAGCACACCAAGAAAAGUUUCUGGUCAACCUCUCUCCCAAAGGGCGUUGUGUGCAACAGGUACCAUGACUUCUUCACAAGAAAAGUAGCCUCUCCAAGCAGCUGUUUCCAAACGCUGAAGAGCAAGAAGGGCUGGGACAUUUUGGCCUCCUCCACUCUCCACAAGUGUCUGGUCAUGAGGCUCAUAAGCUCAAAUAAGGUAUUUGCCACAGAACUCAUCAAAAAGUCCAGCCUUUGCAGAACAUAUUUCUUUACUAUAAAUGACUAGAAUAACGUAUUACUAACUUAAGCCACUUAAAAAGGACAUUUCUAUGUAGUCAGAUUCACAGGAAAACUGUUGCUGCAAAGGCUCAAGAUGAAGUUUCCCCUCCAUUUAGUAAAUGCUGAGAAGACCCCUGGUGGACAAUGCCUCCUGUGGAGUCCAGCUGCCACUUUGAACUUGACAGUGGCUCCCUAAAGGAUUUGCCCUAUGGUUUGCUCUCAACGGUUUAUGUUACUGACAAUGCUAGAAAUCAUCUAGAAAGGAGACAUGUCUUUGGCAAUGGAUCUCAUUAAAAUUAAGCCUAGUUGUAAUCCUGACUGCCAAGAGCCAUUCUGUUUAUUCACAAUAAUGAAGCAGAGCUAAACUGAAUGUCCUUCCAUGGAAGGAAACCACCUUUCCAGAGUUCUAUUAAGUUAGAGGUAGUAGCUGAGAAAUUGUCCACUUCAAACAAGUAUUUGGAAAUUUGAACUGCAAGUUGUGGUUUACAUAGGAAGCUUCUGCCUCUAACCUCAGGAUCUCAGCCUUUGUUCUACUAUUUUGGUUUAAGUAGGGUCAUUCGAUGGUGUGUAUAAACCUAGAUAUUUUUCAGCUA